GGCCGCUCUGCCAAAUAGUGCUCCACCCGGCCCGCCCCCGGGAAGGUUCUGGGCGGGCGCGGUGCAUUGUGGGGCCGGGAGCCAGCCGCCGCCGCGAUGAUGCCAACGCCGGUUAUCCUGCUGAAGGAGGGCACGGACACCUCGCAGGGCAUCCCGCAGCUGGUCAGCAACAUCAACGCGUGCCAGGUGAUCGCCGAGGCCGUGCGCACCACGCUGGGCCCGCGCGGCAUGGACAAGCUCAUCGUGGACGAUCGCGGCAAAGCCACCAUCUCCAACGACGGGGCCACCAUCCUGAAGCUGCUGGACGUCGUCCACCCGGCCGCGAAGACCUUGGUGGACAUCGCCAAAUCCCAGGAUGCUGAGGUGGGUGAUGGCACCACGUCGGUGACCCUGCUGGCAGCCGAGUUCCUGAAGCAGGUGAAGCCCUACGUGGAGGAGGGGCUCCAUCCACAGAUCAUCAUCCGCGCCUUCCGCACGGCCACGCAGCUGGCUGUGAACAAGAUCAAAGACAUCGCUGUCUCGGUGAAGAAGGAGGAUAAAGAUGAGCAGAGGAGUCUCCUGGAAAAGUGUGCAGCCACAGCCCUGAGCUCCAAGCUCAUCUCCCAGAGCAAGGAGUUUUUCUCCAAGAUGGUUGUAGAUGCUGUGAUGAUGUUGGAUGACUUGUUGCAGCUCAAGAUGAUCGGGAUAAAGAAGGUGCAAGGAGGAGCUUUGGAAGACUCACAGCUGGUGGCUGGAGUUGCCUUUAAGAAAACCUUCUCCUAUGCUGGGUUUGAGAUGCAGCCCAAGAAGUACCAGUCCCCCAAAAUCGCCCUGCUCAACGUGGAGCUGGAGCUGAAAGCUGAGAAGGACAACGCCGAGGUCAGAGUCAACACGGUGGAGGAUUACCAGGCCAUCGUGGACGCAGAGUGGAACAUCCUGUACGACAAACUGGACAAGAUCCACAAGUCAGGAGCCAAGGUGGUCCUGUCCAAGCUCCCCAUUGGGGACGUGGCCACGCAGUACUUCGCUGACAGGGACAUGUUCUGCGCCGGCCGCGUCCCGGACGAGGAUCUCAAGAGGACCAUGAUGGCCUGUGGGGGAUCCAUCCAGACCAGUGUCAAUGCCCUGUCGGAUGAUGUGCUGGGCCGCUGUGAGCUCUUUGAGGAGACUCAGAUCGGGGGAGAGAGGUACAACUUCUUCACGGGCUGCCCCAAGGCCAAGACGUGCACCAUCAUCCUGCGCGGCGGCGCCGAGCAGUUCAUGGAGGAGACGGAGCGCUCCCUGCACGACGCCAUCAUGAUCGUCAGGAGGGCCAUCAAGAACGACUCGGUGGUGGCGGGCGGCGGGGCCAUCGAGAUGGAGCUCUCCAAGUUCCUGCGGGACUACUCGCGCACCAUCCCGGGCAAGCAGCAGCUGCUGAUCGGCGCCUACGCCAAGGCCCUGGAGAUCAUCCCCCGGCAGCUCUGCGACAACGCCGGCUUCGACGCCACCAACAUCCUCAACAAGCUGCGCGCCAAGCACGCCCAGGGCGGGAUGUGGCACUGAUCCUGUCCCUCUCUCCCUCAGGGCAGGAUGUGGCACUGAUCCUGUCCCUCAGGGCAGGAUGUGGCAUUGAGGCACUGAUCCUGUCCCUCUGUCCCCCAGGGCGGGAUGUGGCACUGAGGCACUGAUCCUGUCCCUCAGGGCAGGAUGUGGCACUGAGGCACUGAUCCUGUCCCUCUGUCCCUCAGGGCAGGAUGUGGCACUGAUCCUGUCCCUCUGUCCCUCAGGGCAGGAUGUGGCACUGAUCCUGUCCCUCUGUCCCUCAGGGCAGGAUGUGGCACUGAUCCUGUCCCUCUGUCCCUCAGGGCGGGAUGUGGCACUGAGGCACUGAUCCUGUCCCUCAGGGCGGGAUGUGGCACUGAUCCUGUCCCUCUGUCCCUCAGGGCAGGAUGUGGCACUGAUCCUGUCCCUCUGUCCCCCAGGGCGGGAUGUGGCACUGAUCCUGUCCCCCAGGGCGGGAUGUGGCACUGAUCCUGUCCCUCUGUCCCCCGGGGCGGGAUGUGGCACUGAUCCUGUCCCCCAGGGCGGGAUGUGGCACUGAUCCUGUCCCUCUGUCCCUCAGGGCAGGAUGUGGCACUGAUCCUGUCCCUCUGUCCCCCAGGGCGGGAUGUGGCACUGAUCCUGUCCCCCAGGGCGGGAUGUGGCACUGAUCCUGUCCCUCUGUCCCCCAGGGCGGGAUGUGGCACUGAUCCUGUCCCUCAGGGCGGGAUGUGGCACUGAUCCUGUCCCUCUGUCCCCCAGGGCGGGAUGUGGCACUGAUGCUGUCCCUCUGUCCCCCAGGGCGGGAUGUGGCACUGAGGCACUGAUGCUGUCCCUCUGUCCCCCAGGGCGGGAUGUGGUACGGCGUGGACGUGACCAACGAGGACAUAGCU